UCUGCCCUUUUACAUCAUCUCUUUCGUAUGCGUACUUUCUCUUGAGCUUCGCUUGCUUUCUUUGUUUUUUUUUUUCCGAAGCCAUGUCUUCAAUGAUAACCCCUCAAGGUGUGGUCCUGGCCACAGCCAUGGCCGUCUCCGGCACCGUUUUCCUCCUCGUGCUUCGCCUGCAAAAGUCUCUUCCGGGUACCCAAUUUCCCGGCGAUCAAAUUCCAGAGUCCCCACCGCCAAUCUUACGUUCUUGUAUCUCAACCGAGGGGAAGAAGAAGAAGAAGAAGAAGAAGAGGGUGCAGUUUGCAGAAGAUGUGGUGGAUCCGAGUGGGGAUGGGGAGGAGUAUAGAAGGCAGCAUGCCAUAAUUAACAAGUCUUCUUCUUCAUCGUCGUCGUCAACUUCACCGCCACCGACUUUAAAACAGACGAGAGGAAUGCCUGAAAACAGGGUGGCUCUGUACAACGGAAUUCUCAGGGACCGUGUGGUUCAUCGAUUGGCCUACUCUUGCUGAUCAUUGACUUUCUGUGUGAAUUUGAGUCCCUAAUGUAGCCUUCUUCUUUCUUUGUAACUUUUAUGUUAGGAUCUGUUCAUGAACAGUAGGUAAUUUGGAGCCGACAGUUUCUGGCAAUUCCUGUUAAUGGAAGUGGGUUUCGUUGAUAAAUCCAAAGGGGGUAAUUUCUUAGGCCUUGUUCAUAGUUUUUUUUUUUUGAAGGGUCCUUGUUCAUAGUUAGCAUCUGAAGAAAUCUCUGCCUCCUCUAAAAUUGCCGUUUGUAAUCAAACAAUCACAUGUAAUAAUAGUUUUUUUUUUUUUAA